CCCACAAGCUUCACUCUCUCUCUCUCCUUCUCUCUUUCUCUCUGCAACAAUCAAAAUCAACAGAAACAGAUCAUGAGAUGAAAUGAGGUGAGAGAUGAGUCGUCUGGCGCCGUUAUCAGAGGAACCCGUCGACGACGACGAAGAAGGCGACAACAGCUACUCCGGAGGCAGCAGCUCCUCCUCCUCCUCAAAGAGAAAAGGCAGCGAAGGAGGUGGCCGCCGGCGCUCAUGGCGGAAGUGGGUGGCGAAGAAUCUCAACCACUUAUCUGACAUCCUCCUCCUCAUCAACAAGAAAUCUGAUCUCAAACUUCUCUUAAGCGUUCUGGGCUGCCCUCUCUUCCCCGUCUCCAAUUCCUCAUCCCGCCUCCUCCUCCCAAUUCCCGCCGCCCCUACUUCCCACGGUUCGCUGUCGGCGCAAUACAUAAUCCAGCACUUCGCGGCGGCGACUGGCUGCCGGAAACUGGAGGGCAGAGUGAAGAACAUGUUCGCUACCGGAAAAGUUAGGAUGGCCACGGUGGAGGAGCCGAGCUCCGCCGGCUCGGCAGGGGUGCCGCACAGAGGGUGCUUCGUGAUGUGGCAGAUGGUCCCCAACAAGUGGCUGAUUGAGCUGGUCGUCGGCGGCCACAAGGUCGCCGCCGGCAGCGACGGCACUGUGGCCUGGCGCCACACGCCCUGGCUCGCCGCUCACGCCGCUAAGGGCUGCGUCCGCCCCCUCCGCCGUGCUCUUCAGGGACUAGACCCUGUCGCAAUAUCAACUGUAUUUUCCCUAGCGCAGUACGUGGGAGAAAAGCAAAUGUGGGCCGUUGACUGUUUCGUGUUGAAAUUGUCUGCUGAUCAGACGGACCUAGCGGAACGAAGCGACCACACUGCGGAGAUGAUCAAGCAUGUGAUCUUUGGCUACUUCAGCCAAAGGAGCGGGCUGCUAGUGUACUUAGAGGACUCCUCCUUGACUAGGAUUCAGUCUCCCGGCUCCUACCCUACGUACUGGGAGACCACCAUGGGCACCAAGGUGGAGGACUAUCGGACGGUGGAGGGCGCCGUGAUCGCGCAUGCCGGUCAGUCCACCGUCAUCAUCACACGGUUCGGCGAAAAUCUCAAGGCCGGCCUUGCCAUCACGCGGAUGGAGGAAAUCUGGACCAUCGAUGAUGUCGCCUUCGACGUCCAAGGCCUCUCCAUGGACUGUUUCAUUCCUCCUCGAGAAGUACAGAAGCAUUGCCUCGAAGAGAGCUUUGGCGGGAGAUCACCCCUACAAUAAUAAGUGUUCUUUUUACGUCUAUCGAUUGUAUCAGCACCAUCCAUUUAAUACAUCUUCACCAAGUUCGUACAAAUCAAUGGUGAUAAUGUAUCUAAAUAUGUAUCUGACACGCUAAAGAAUUUCUUUAAUAAAGGAUAGAUACAGGAGUGAUCUUAAA